AUGUCUAGCAAAAGGGCAAAGACCAAGACCACCAAGAAGCGCCCACAGCGUGCAACUUCCAAUGUCUUUGCAAUGUUUGACCAGUCCCAAAUCCAGGAGUUCAAAGAGGCCUUCAACAUGAUUGACCAAAAUCGAGAUGGUUUCAUUGACAAGGAAGAUCUGCACGACAUGUUGGCCUCACUUGGGAAGAACCCAACUGAGGACUACUUGGAAGCUAUGAUGAAUGAAGCCCCAGGUCCCAUCAACUUCACUAUGUUCCUCACCAUGUUUGGCGAGAAGCUCAAUGGCACAGACCCAGAAGAUGUCAUUCGAAAUGCGUUUGCAUGCUUUGAUGAGGAUGGGACAGGUUUCAUUCAGGAAGAUUAUCUGCGAGAACUUCUGACCACCAUGGGAGACAGAUUUACAGAUGAGGAAGUCGAUGAGCUGUUCAGGGAGGCACCGAUUGACAAAAAAGGCAACUUCAGUUACAUUGAAUUCACACGUAUCCUAAAACACGGAGCCAAGGACAAGGACGACUAA